AUGGCCGCGCCUGCCGACAACACUCCGGAGCUUGUCCGCCGCUCCAACUUCCCCAUCCCCUCCUCCAAGGGCUCUGAGACCUUCAAGUCCGUCAAGUCCAUCAAGGGCACCUUUGACGGUGGCAUGAAGACCUACGGCCGUGGCGUUAGCUGCACUGGCCAGAAGGAGGGUGGCAACAAGGACGCCGUCUUCCAGCUCGAGGACGGCGCUCACCUCAAGAACGUCAUCAUCGGCAAGGACCAGAUCGAGGGUAUCCACUGCAUGGGCUCUUGCACUCUCGAGAACGUCUGGUGGUCCGCCGUCUGCGAGGACGCCCUGACCCUCAAGGGUGACGGUACCGCCACCAUCACCGGCGGUGGUGCCCAGGGUGCCGACGACAAGGUCAUCCAGCACAACGGUGCCGGCAAGGUCACCAUCGACGGCUUCACCGUCAGCGACUUCGGCAAGCUGUACCGCUCUUGCGGCAACUGCAAGCAGAACGGCUCCAAGCGCGAGGUCAUCAUCAAGGACGUCAAGGCCUACAACGGCAAGUCCCUCGCCGGCAUCAACUCCAACUACGGCGACACCGCCACCUUCACCAACACUUGCGCUUCCUCCGUCAAGGAGGUCUGCGUCGAGUACCAGGGCACCAACAACAACUCCAAGGAGCCCAAGAAGACCCACUCUGGCUCCAGCGGCCACUGCAAGUACUCCAAGGUCUCUUCUUGCUAG